GGCUGGAAGUGGCACAGUCCAGCCUGCUACUGGGUCGGGGAGGACCAGGUUACAUUUGAAGAGGCCAAGAAGGCCUGUGUGGGCAGUGGGGCUGGUCUUGUCACCAUCACCAAUAGGUUUGAGCAGGCCUUUGUCAGCAGUCUUGUGUUUGGUCGUUCUGGAGAUUCCUUCUGGAUUGCCCUCAGUGACCAGAACAGCCCUGGGUACUUCCACUGGCUGAGCGGGGACGAGGUGUCCUACACCAAUUGGAACAGAGACCAGCCAGGCAAGGGAGGCUGUGUGACCAUGGCGACAGGCUAUGCCACAGGCCUGUGGGAGGUGAAGGAGUGUGACUCGUCGCGUGCCAAGUUCAUCUGCAGGCUGGACCAGGGCACCUCCAUAAGUCCUGAGCCCCCUGCCCCUGCCCCGCGCCCCACCCCCAGCCUCACGGGCGCCUGCCCUGGGGGGUGGAAGAGCGACAGCAAACUGCACCACUGCUACAAGGUGUUCCAUUUCUCUCACCCGGACCUAAGGCUGAGGUGGCUGCAGGCCCACCUGUUUUGCCAGAUACACGGGGCCAACCUGCUCAGUAUCAGCGGUCCAGAGGAGGAGCAGUUUGUUCUACGGGUUCUCCACGAGACCUUCGGGGAGUCGGAGGACGAUGAGCAGCACUGGUUUUGGAUCGGGCUGAACCGCAGGAACCCCAUUGACAACGGCAGCUGGAAGUGGAGCGACGGCCUGGCUUAUGACUACCAGAACUUUGGCCGUUACAACUACAACACUUACCAGUGUGCAGCAGCAGACCUAGGCACCACGACCUGGCUAGCCAUGCACUGUGACGUUGAGCUGAACUGGAUCUGCAAGAUCCCCCGAGGAAGUGUGGAGGUGGAACCAGAAUUCUCUCCAGACUCUGGGGCUAACGAAUGGUUCGCGUUCCAGGAGGCAGAGUAUAAGUUCUUCGACCACCGCUCGACGUGGGACCAGGCCCAGAGGAUCUGCUCCUGGUUCGACGCUUCGCUGGCCUCCGUCCACUCUGCUGACGAGGAGGUCUUCCUGGGCAACACCCUGCACAAGCUUCCUAAGGUGGAGGGGGAUCACUGGUGGGUGGGGCUUCACACAUACGACAACGAAGGCCGUUUCCGCUGGUCAGACCACUCGGUUCUCAACUACGUGUCCUGGGGGCUCAGCAGGCCCCGCCCCCUCAGCCGAGAUCGGAAGUGCGUCCACACAUCGGCCAGCAAAGGCGAGUGGGCGGAUCAAAAAUGCCACACAGACCUGCCCUACAUCUGUAAGAGAGUGAACGUCACGGGCACCAUCCCCCCCACCCCCUCCUCCCCCCUGCCCCCCAUGGGCUGUGCCGAGGGCUGGGCAUCCUUCCAGCACAAGUGUCUCAAGGUGUUCGGCCGCAAGGACGACAGGAGGGCCAGCUGGUCAGCGGCCAAGCUCAUGUGUGAGUCCCAGGCUGGGGUCUUGGCCGUGGUGUCCAAUCACUUACAGCAAGCCUUUGUCACUACCCUGCUGACCAACGUCAGUUUUGACCUCUGGGUGGGUCUGACGUCCGACGCUAAAGGGCACUUCCAGUGGGCCCAGCCUGGGCUGCUCAGCUACACCAACUGGGCCCCCGGGGAGCCCAUGGACAACAGCGGACCCCUCCACAUCAAGACCCCGGGCAACUGUGUGGUGAUGCUUCAUGGGAACCCAGAGAAGAACACUGGCAUGUGGGCAUCACGACCCUGUGAGCUGGAGAAGCAUGGCUACAUCUGUCAGAAGAAACAAGACCCAGGUAUGGCCCCUGCUCCUGCCCUGCUGCCCGCCUCCCUGUCAGGCCCGGUGGAGCUGGGGGGGGUCACCUACCGCGUGGUGGAGAAGAGCCUGGACUGGACGGGCGCUCUGCACGUGUGCGAGUCUCUGAACGGGACCCUGGCGACAGUGAGAGGCCCGUACCAGCAGGCCUUCCUCACCCUGCUCAUCAACAGCCUCCACCUUCCUGCCUGGAUCGCUCUCUACAACUCUGGGGGACGGACAUUCACCUGGCUGGGCGAAACAGAACUGACUUACACUGACUGGAGAGAAGGGGAACCCAAUCACCUGCCUGGAUGUGGUCACAUGACCACCACAGGGCAGUGGACCAUGACUCCCUGUGACGCCAAACUGAAAGCUGCCAUCUGUCAGAUCAAUCAUGACGAGGGGACGGUUCACCAGUGGAUGUAUCCGGGGCAGUGCCCCACCUCCCUGGGGAACUGGGCCUGGGUGCCCUUCAGGAACCACUGCUACUCCUUCAACCUGCAGACUCUGAGGCUGCCGCAGGAAGCCCGCUCCUCCUGCCAGAAGGUGGGUGCCCAGCUCCUGUCAGUGCUGGAUGAGACAGAGAACGGCUUUGUGUGGGAGCACAUUCAGAGCUACCAGGACCAGGCCCACGGAGCGUGGCUGGGCUUGACCUUUAACCCCGACGUGGCCAGUCUGAUGUGGUUAGAGACUACUGAGGUGGAGUUCACAAACUGGGAGGUGCAGGACACCAACCUGAGCAUGCUGUCCCCCAACACAUGCUUCUGGAUCCAGAGCAACACAGGCCUGUGGAAGCCCGGCUCCUGCAAGAACCGCACCCACGGAGUCAUCUGCAAGCGGCCCCGUGGUGCUGAGACUUCUGCCGUCACUUCGGAGGGGGAUCACCUGCCCACCCUGGUUCUGAUCAUGGUGACGGGGCUGGUGCUGCUGGUGCUGAUCGUGGGGAUCAUCUACCUGUACCGCCGGCGCAGCAUGGGGGCGCAGGGCUCCUACGAGGGGGCUCGCUACAGCCGCACCAACUCCAACCCCGGCGAGCAGGCUGAGAAGAACAUCCUGGUGUCGGACAUGGAACUGAACGAGCAGCCUGAGUAGAACCGUAGAACAGUCUUCCAGAACCAGACGUGGAGCUGGCAGGGACAGACUGAUUCGGACUCGGAAACUGAUUUUGGAUAGACCUUUUAUUCCCCUUUUUUAAAAACCGUUGUACAAUCGUGAAAAGCUGUGUGGAACGCAGUACGUUAAUCAGAUUAGAUAUGAAAGGCCCAGAACCCCCUCUGGCCCCUUGUACCAAGACAUACACUGCCACUUUGAAACCUUUUAAACCAAUCAGAUCCUAUCUUAUCUGUGAGAUGUCGACAAAAGUAUUUUGGGAUCAGGACUGCACCUCUUUGAUGUGAGUUUUUGUACUUAAGUCUAUUUGUUGUCUUUUCAUGUGUGUCAUUCCGAAUCCCCAUAUGCAAUUAUCCAAAACAAAGACUCACAAAGCACAAAGCAAAGUAAAGACACUGCUCUUUAUCUUCACAACCAUAACAGACUCUCCCACAGGACCGAUCUUUUUAUGCCAUGGUAGGAUUUACCUGAGGUUGUUUUUUUUUGUUUUUUUUGGUCAAAAUCAGUGCAGCUGUAGUUAACUUGUGUUAAUGAUGAUGCAUGUGUACCUGUAGUUUUGUCUGUCCUUUGCUGUCCUCUCUCCCCUCCCCCUCGGCCUCUUCUCCCCUCCCCCUCCCUCUCUCUCUCCUGCCCCCCGGCACGGCAGCUCCAGCUGUUCAGAAGGCAGGGCAGUGUGGAAGAACACACAGUCACAGAACACACAGUGACAGGCCCCAAACCGUCCCUGGCCUGUCCCAGACACCAGGGUCUCGUUAGAGGAGGAUGUGUGCACAUAAGGUAGAGGGAGAGAGGUUGUGAGCAACAUGAAACUUUUGCUUCUCGAUCCUCUUAGCACAUCACGUGAGGACAUCUUUAGAGGUCCGAUUUAGAUGUUCCUAUUUCUGAGUCAAUGUUUGUGAUCGGUUUCAGCACUUCCAGCUGCCAUCUUGAGAAUAGUUUAUUUUAAAGCUGUACAGUGUUGUUAACCACACUGACAUGUCCGUUGAUGCAUUAUUACCACGGUACUUUUUUGGAUUUGUUGAAUCUCAUUUGGCUUAGAUGGAUUUGAAGCAGUGUUAGGGUAUGAAUGUUUGUCUAGUGUUUGUAUUUUUUGCCAUUGUUAUGACUACUUAGUACUCAUUGACAUGUGCAUGAUAACAACCUUCCUAAAAUACAGGAAUCAGCUCUGAGAAACCAAAGAACAUGACCAAAACUCAACCACCUUCAUCAUCCUCAGUCCGACUUUGUUUUGAGAGAGAUACAUGUGAGAUUGUUGUAGUAGAUUAAAUACUAGAUCUAAGGCAAGAGAAACACCAAGCAACAGUGUGUUUUAGAAUUGAAUUGGAAUAGUGGUGACGGGUUUUGUCACCACUCAGUUUUGUCUAUUUCAGACGGGUUUUGUCACCAAUCAGUUUUGUCUAUUUCCUCCAACAUUCCUCCUCCCACUGCUCUGAUUCCUAACCGGAUUUCUGUACCCCAGCUCUAAGGAAUGCUCUGGGCCGUUUCAGAUGGAAGCAUUUGGUGUUUCACUGAGAGCCGGUAUGAAAAAAAGUGUGUUUUUUUUUUGCCCUGUAAACUGGACCAAGACAGACAGAAGGGAAGGAAAGAGAGAAGAGUGAGGAAUAAAGAAAUGGGAGGGUGUGCGUGAGUGUGUGUGUGUGUGUGUGUGUGUGUGUGUGUGUGUGUGUGUGUGUGUGUGUGUGUGUGUGUGUGUGUGUGUGUGUGUGUGAGUGGGUGGGUGUGUGUGUGCAGUCUCCAGCUGUGGAAUGUUGAGUCGGCAAGAAGAGCUCAGUGGGCUGGUCUGAAACCAAUCAGGGAGGAGGAGGAUUCAGUGUAGAGAGGGGUUAGGAGGAGGGAGAAAGGGCAAAGGGAAAAAAAAGGGUGAGAUUCCGGGGCUUACUGUAAAACGGGAGAACACAGAAGCAGGGGGAAGAGCGGGUCAUGCUGUCCUCUAGUGGAGGACUGCUGUAUCAGCCUGCCUCCAUAUGCUUUUACUGAUUAAAUGUGAGCUGUUUUUUUGUGGGGAGCUGUCUAUGAGGCGAUGACUGGGUCAGACCCUGAUGAUUUGAACUCCUAGUCCCUGUGAAGAAAAGUUCUUUAAAAAGCACCUGAAUACCUUUUAAUGCUGAAAGUAUUUGCUGUUUUUAUAAUAAAUGAAUAAAAUAUAUGUUCACAUGCUCCUGUA